AUGUCGAAGCUUACAGGCGCGAAAGUUGCCGAGCACAACUCCAAGGACUCCUGCUGGGUCAUUGUCCAUGGAAAGGCCUACGAUGUCACCGAGUUCUUGCCAGAACACCCCGGUGGCCAGAAGAUUAUCCUGAAGUAUGCAGGGAAAGAUGCGACAGAAGAAUUCGACCCUAUUCAUCCUCCCGACACCCUCGACAAGUACCUCGAUUCCUCGAAGCACCUCGGCGAAGUCGACAUGACGACUGUGGAGCAGGAGGAGAAGGCGCAUGACCCUGAAGAGACAGCGCGUCAGGAGCGCAUUCAGCGCAUGCCCCCGUUGGCGGCAUGCUAUAACUUGUUCGACUUUGAGACCGUGGCGCGGAGUGUGAUGAAGAAGACUGCGUGGGGGUAUUAUUCCAGUGGUGCUGAUGAUGAGAUUACUAUGCGUGAAAACCAUUCGGCAUACCACAAGGUCUGGUUCCGGCCACGGAUCCUCGUGGAUGUGGAAAACGUCGACAUGAGUACAACAAUGCUAGGCAGCAAGACAUCAGUUCCGUUCUACGUGACAGCAACAGCACUUGGCAAGCUGGGUAACCCUGAAGGAGAAGUCGUGUUGACCCGCGCAGCGCACGACCACGGCGCCAUCCAGAUGAUCCCGACGUUGGCAUCGUGCUCGUUUGACGAGAUCGUUGACGCCCGCAAGGGCGAGCAGAUUCAAUGGCUGCAAUUGUACGUCAACAAGGAUCGCAACAUCACAAAGCGCAUCGUGCAGCACGCCGAAGCUCGUGGCUGCAAGGGUCUCUUCAUCACCGUCGACGCGCCCCAACUCGGUCGUCGCGAGAAGGACAUGCGCUCCAAGUUCUCCGACGUCGGCUCGAACGUGCAAUCCCAGGGUGGUGACACCGUUGACCGCUCGCAGGGCGCUGCCCGCGCCAUCUCCUCUUUCAUCGACCCUGCCCUCUCCUGGAAAGACAUCCCGUGGUUCAAAUCUAUCACGAAGAUGCCCAUCAUCCUCAAGGGUGUCCAGUGCGUGGAAGACGUCCUACGCGCUGUCGAGGCCGGCUGCGACGGUGUCGUCCUCUCCAACCACGGCGGUCGUCAACUCGACACCUCCCGCUCUGGUAUCGAGGUCCUAGCCGAGGUGAUGCCCGCGCUCCGCGCUCGCAACUGGGAAAAUCGUAUUGAGAUCUUCGUUGACGGUGGUGUCCGUCGCGCAACUGAUAUCCUCAAGGCACUGUGUCUCGGCGCAAAAGGUGUCGGUAUCGGGCGACCAUUCUUGUACGCCAUGUCUGCGUAUGGGCAGGCUGGUGUCGACCGUGCCAUGCAGCUGUUGAAGGAUGAGAUGGAAAUGAACAUGCGGUUGAUCGGUGCAAGCUCCAUCGCAGACCUUAACCCCAGCUUGAUUGAUGUUCGGGGGUUGACCGGUGGGCAUCAUGCGCCCGUGCCGGCGGAUUCGCUGAGCAUGGGGGCGUAUGAUCCGUUGCAGGCACCGCGGUUUAGUGAGAAGGCUAAGCUGUAA